AUGGUUAAUAUCAUAACUAGAGGAGAAUCUAGAAAAUUGAAAGACCGCAACCGAAAAGCUGCUAAACGUAGCGAAAAUCUAUUUCGAAAUUCUGAAAAUGAAAAAUUAAAGAAACGUGUAACCAAUCUCCGUCAAAAUAAAGAAUAUGUACAAGCAUCAAAUUUAAUGCGAAAUAAUCAAUUAGAUAGUGAAAGUGAAGAAGAAGAAAAUUCUCAUGAUAAUAACUAUGAUUCAAUUAAUUUUAUAAAUAAUAAUUCAAUCGGUAGUGCAAGUGAACUUAGACCUUCGGGAAUCUUGCAUGUUGAUGAUGUACCUAUUAGUAAAAAAGAGCUUACACUACUUUCGUUUCAAAAACUUGUAGACAGUAUAAACCACCAAUCUGAAUGGAGAAAGUAUGCUGAAGAUAUUGAUAAUUUUAGUGAUGAUUUAACUACGGAUAGUGACCAAGAAGACCAAGAGACAGCAGAUGAAUCAUUUCUUAUUUCUUCUUUUAAUGGCAAACUAACAACUGCUAAUCUUCGUAUUGAUUAUCAAUACCGAGGCAUAUCUUUACGCAAUAUAUGCUUGUAUGAUUAUGCUGCUACUAUUAGAAAAAUUCCAAUUAACUCGCAUGAACUUUCAAUGCUAUCAGGUCAAUGUUUGAGAGAAGGAAAUUAUCGCUUUUUUUUUCAUGGAAAUAACUUUACUAAUAACCAUGUUCAUGAAUCUGAUAAUAGUGACGUUUAUAAUAAUGAACUUCUAAAAAAUUGGCAAACAACUAUUACCUCUCGAAAAAUGCCUUGGAAAGAUAAAGUUAAUGAUCUGGAAGAUAUUAUUCCACCGAAUAUCUACACUAAUUACUCUCAUAAUAAUAACCUGUCUUUAGAUAUUCAUACAAACCAAAUUGAUGAUUCUCUAGAAAA